AUGGCCCCAACAUGGGUAGAGUAUGUCCUCGAGCGGUCCAAUUACUUGUACCCGAGACAGCGGAUUUCGAAGCUGUCCCGAAUCCAAAGCGAUCUGGUUACCGCGGGCUUACAAUACCCCAAUCAUUGCGCAACAAGCACUCCUGAGGCGGAUCCCGCCACUCGCCUAGGUAUCAAACUCAAAUUCAAGUCCGUGUCAGACAGGGAGAUGAAGAAGUUCUAG